AUGGAUAUGAUAAAAUUAAAUUGGGCUGAUCAAAACUUAAUUCGAAAAUUUUAUGAAUUAAUACCUAAUGACGAUGUUAUUCAAGCGGCUAAACAACUAUGGCAAAUAGCAGCCGAUGAAUUAAGAACAAAAGAAAAACAGGAAAUCUUUCGACAAUGCAUCUAUCUGAAACGAUUACCAAAUAAAAUAGAACAAUUAUUAAAUAAUUUACUUGAUCAUAAUCGAAAAACGGUGAACAAUUCCUUCUAUGAUGAAGAUCAACGUGUUAGUUGUGAUUCACGUUGCUUAAAAAUGGUUAAUCAAUGUCAAUUUAAUUUAAUGUUAAUUUAUUUGGAUGAAUUUACUAUGUGUUUAGAUCGUUAUGCCAAAACUUAUCAGAAAUUAAAAGAUCAAAUAAUGAAGAACAAUCGUGAAAAUCCAAUAAUUUAUACAAAUAUACUCAUCGAUCUCAUCGAACAACGUCGACAGGCAAUGACACAACGAUUUAAUCGUAUUCGUCAAUAUCAUUUGAAGACUUUUUUCGACCAAGCUCCGGCGGUGCAUCUCAAUUAA